CAGUUGCCAGUAUAAGAUCAGAAAUGUCAAUGCAAACUGGGGAACCAAGGCUACUGAGGCAGGUCUUUCUAUUAAUCAAUAGAUCUUGCAUCGGAUAAGCGGCUUGAAAACGUGAAAAUCAAAAAAUUAGAAUGCUCCCCCACAUAUUUGGAAUGAACUUGGUGUCGGUGUUGGUAGGAAUUCCAAUACUUGCCGUUGCUUUAGCGGACGCCAAAAUGUCGAAUUUCAUCGAAGAAUUAAAAGGAAAAAAGAUCUUCGGUAAAGAAGGAAAAAACCUGAACCUGACUUGGAAAUAUGAAAUCAAGUCCUUGCCUCCCCACGGUACCAAAAUACUAGAGUUCUUGUUCGGRGAGUGGAAGUAUCCGGGAUAUGUAUCCAGAAAAUGCUUAAAAGUGGAUGAGAAUGGGAAUGUUGAGAAAGCAAAGAAUUGUGAGGAGAAGUACGGUUACGAAGGAAAUGGUGGAAACAAUGGGGUUUACCAGUCCAAAGUGAUGCUUUAUAACUUGACGAAGAGUGAUAUGGAGAAAACGUAUGGCAUUGAUAUUGAAAUGGGGAUCUACAGGAGCCCUUUGGAGGAUUGGUUUGAGCUACGCACAUUUGAAAAGGCAAACAUCACCCACUUCUCCAUCUCAAGCAAUGCAACAGUAAAGGAAGGCCACCCGGCUAGCUCAGUUGGUACAACGGUCCAACCGACAACAUCAGGUUCCAAGAAAUGCAUUUCAGAACCUUGGAUGUUGGGAUUCCUGCUUCUUUCUCGUUGGAUCUGAAGCACAACUUUCAGCCGAGAAAGUCUCUUUCUUAUUCGCUUGCUCUAUUCAACACAUCCACGUGAUUCGCCAAACUAAUAGUCAUCACUCUCAAAGUUGGGGAACACUAUAAUUUUUCCAUGUUAAGCUUGAUUCACACAAGCGUCGGAAUCUUAUGCAACGAAUAGACACAGCAAUCGCAAUCUGAGCUGAUCCAAAAGAUUGAUUGAUUGACAUUUUUUAAAUAAUCACGCAAGACAAACGUCCCACGUUUGAAUUAAAAAAAACCCCAACUAUUUAUUACUCUUUCCACUUUAAGUCAGCAUACUCUCCACUAGAGUUCGACAGUUUUCAGAUUCUCAAGKUUUUAUUACAGCAAAUAAAAGUAUAAAGGUGCUGACACACGGUGCUACAUUGCACGCAACAUUGCAAGUAACAAAUUUGCAACAAAUUCACGCAACUUCGCUUGUGUCAGCAUGCUAUGCUAAGAUAUUUGGUCAGCAGUUGUAAAUUUGGUGCAAGCUGAUUGGCUAGAAAUUCCAAAAUGUUGCAAGCAAUGUUGCAGCCAUGUUUACACGAUGAAUUUGUUGCUCGCAAUGUUGCAAGAGUAGAGCGCGACUCAACUUCAGAAUUGUUGCAUGCAACAAGUUUCAGGGGCGGCUA